AUGGCUUCAUGGAAGAAAACAAUCGCAACGCCAUUCAAGAAAGCGGCAACGUUCUUCAACCAACCGCAGCAAUCGCCGCACAACCGCCACGCAAACGCGGCGGCGAGAGAAGAACACAAGAGACGAGCGGUAGAGGAGCUUCAAGGUGACGUCAUGGCUUGUGGUUAUGAAGAUGUCCUCGUCAUGUGGUCAAUUCUUGACAAGUCAAACUCUUCAAACAAUCUCUCUUCUUGA